AUGGCGCCGUUCAAUGUGCUCACCGCUACCGUGACUGACAUUGAAGAACUGCUGAACGACGGCACGCUCACUAGCGAAGUCGUGGUGACGGAAUACUUGAAGCAAAUUGACCGCUGCAAUGGAUACCUCCAUGCCGUCCUUGCUGUUGCACCGAAGGAACUGCUGAUCGAGAGAGCUCGCUUUCUAGACCACGAGAGGGCUGCUGGUCGGGUGUUGGGCCCUCUUCAUGGCAUUCCCUUACUCAUCAAGGAUAACAUCGCCACCCACCCCGACCUUGGAAUGGACACCACAGCAGGAACGCUUGCCUUGGUGGGCGCAAGGGUUCCAGAAAGCGCCCCAUGUGUUGCGCAGAAAGUUGCAAGCAGCUGGGGCUAUUAUCCUUGCCAAGGCAAACUUGAGUGUAAAUCUGCCCUUUGCCGUCCUGUUUGCUUGCUCAUGACUAAUGCUAGAAAGGAAUUGAGCAACUUCAGAGGCUUGCAUAUGCCAACUGGCUGGUCGGCCGUUGGUGGGCUGACGCAGUCCCCCUACGUCAUCGGAGGUAAACGAUGGGAUGAUGGCUUCGGGGGCCAUAGUGCAGUAGGUGGCUCGUCGUCAGGAUCUUGCGCUGGGGUGGCUGCUGGAUUUGCCCCCGCAGCCCUAGGUACAGACACCAAUGGGUCGAUUCUGAUGCCUGCGACUCGACAUGAUGUCUAUGCCAUGAAACCAACUCUCGGUCUUAUUUCUCAAGACGGCAUCUGUCCCAUAUCUUUCGACUUUGACUCUGCUGGCCCAAUCGCUCGGUCAGCGCGAGACAUUGCCAUUCUCAUGGAUGUACUUGUCGACCGUACGCAAACCACGAACAUUUCUGACAGGACCUACAUGUCGCAUCUGACCGGAACCUUUGACGGAAUACGAAUUGGAGUGCUGGAGCCUAAAGAAUGGCACAUGCCCGCCGUUGCGGUGACGCCGAACACGGAAGUAGAUGAACAGCAGGACGCGGAUGUUGCAGCAGCAUACGAACGUCUAAAGUCUCUGGGUGCCAUUGUGAAGCCAGUCAAGGUAGCUUCGCUGGAUGAGCUAGUUGUGGACGGCAUGAGCCAGAUUCAGAGAGUCAUGGAUUCCCGGUUCAGGCACGCAAUUGAGUCAUACCUCUCGAAAUUAGAGGGAAGCAAGGUCCAAACCCUGGACGAGCUCAUGCAGUUCAUGCGCGACAACGCGAAGCAGGAAAUGCCCCCUGAGUCUCCCAACAUGACACGUCUGGAAAUGGCAGCUGCAUUCAACAUUACUGAAGACGAGUACCAGGAUGCUCUCGCCGACAUGAGAGAUUUCGGCAGGAGGCGGGCAGUUGAUAAAUGCCUGCAAGACUAUGAUGUGGACAUUAUCCUUGGGCCAGGAGAUAGCAGGAUUAAUGAGCUCUAUGCAACCGCAGGUUUACCGAUGGCAGUGGUGCCUCUUUCGUACGCGAGCUUCAACGGAAGACCGCUCGGGCUGUGUGCUGUGUCCACCGCAAACCAAGAGGGCCUACUCAUCGAGUUCAUGAGCGCCUGGCAAUCGCAUUUCAACACUGAGAGGCAGCUUCCUACAUGGAUCGGAGGUGAUCCCAACGGCGUCGCCAAGAACGAGCUGUAG